ACUCCGGGACUCAGGGACGGGGAGGAGGAGGGAGGGAGGCAGAGGCUGCAAGCGCCGGGGCAGGCCCAGGAGGCAGAGGAGGGACCGUCUCCCCCGCCCCCCCAGCCCCCACUCCCCCCCCUGCUGCUUCCCCCCCUCCCUACCCGGACUCCGGGGGCACCGCCGGGGGACAGACACCCAGCAGGUUCCCCCCAGGGCAACAUGCCAGCCCCGUAGCACUACCCACCCCACCCACCGUGGUCUGUUGUACCCCACUGCUGGGGUGCUGGUUCCAAUGAGACAGGGCACACCAAACUCCAUCUGGUAAGUCCUGUCUGAGUGACCCUCUCUCCCCAGCAGUCUAACUGCAUCACAUGGUUGGAGUUGCUUGGUAUGAUCUGGAUCAUGCCCACUCUUCAGAAUGGUCUAGUCCAAUUCUGAGCACCUCACCAUGUGGUGCUUGAGUGGUUCAGCCCUCCUGGUUUAUGGACCUCCCUUCUAUCUCCUAUAAAUGGUUCAGCCCUAUACUUCACCAGCCUCUCCACUACUACCAAAAAAUCUUCUCCCCACUAUCUCCCCAGUGCUACAACUCAGUUGCUUAUUGAAUGAAGAUGGAGUUUGCAAGCUGAAAGUGGGAUAUGAGUUACCCUGGAGGAAUUUUUUCUUGGGAGGAGAAGGGCUUUGCCUCUAUAAGAGUUGUUGAACACCCUGGCUUUUGGAGGGUGUUCAGAAAUUGAUUUGGGGAGAUACUGGAGAUCACCACCAGCCACAGCAAUCUUGGCAUUUCACCUUUCCUUCCAGAUCUCUUUAGGUCCCAUUCUCUUCCCACUGCACUAUAGCAUUUGCCCCCAUACCUAUGUCUUAACCUCUUCUGCUUACGUCUCUCCUCUCAGUUCUCUGCCUGAAGCCCUGCUUUAUUUCCCAUUCCUUUGUUGGAGAAAAUGGAAGAUAAUCCCUAAGUCAGGGGCUUAAGUUUUCUGUGUGUUGUUCUUCCCCAUUACAUAUUGGGCUUCUUGAGUGGAACUGUUUUCUUCUAUGUAUCUCGCUAUUUUGCAUGAUGUUUUGCACAUUGGGUGCGUGGUGGAUUUGUGUUGAAUAAUGUUAACUGAAUGAGCUUCAUUACCAAGAACCUAUGAUUUCUGAGAUCUGCUGCACAGCCUCCUACCUUCUUCUCUAGAGAACAUGAGGAGGGUAACAUGGGUAGAGCUGAGAGGAAGGCUGACCAGGAGAUGGUCUGUGAGGAUAAAACUAAAAGAGGGAGAGUAGGACAGAGCCAAUAUAGAAGAGUGGUAAGAAUGUGGCUCAGGAAAGAAGCCUAGCUUUCAUUCUUCACUUGCAGAAUGAUUUGGCCAAGUCACCUAGCCUCUCUGGGUCUCAAUUUCCUUAUCUGUAAAAUUGGGUAAUCAAAGUACCUUCUAUGUCAGGUUUUGGGGAAGGGUGAAAAGAAAAAUGCUUGUAAAAUGCUUAAUGCAGUGCCUGGAAUGUAAUAAAUAUUCACGAAAUGCUAGCAAUUAUCAUCACAGUAGCAGCCACAGGGAACUGUGAGAAUAAACAGGGCUGUCAAGGGAUGGGACAGAACUUGAUUGAAGGUGGACGGACCUCCAAAUACUUGAUUCGAAACAGAAUGAUCACUGAUCCAGCAAGAUGUGAGGAGCGUAGCCAGGAGUCAGGAGGGUGGGCCUGCUCCAGUGUCGCCCCGACUCUGUUCAGUAACAUGAAGGCAAACACAGAAGGGCAUGUGCAGAGGCACACGUGAUCACGCUAGUGAUGCAGAGGCAGACCCAGACAAAAGACCGAGACAGGAGCUAGGCAGACACACAGACAGAGACAGCCCCGCGGAGUCAUGUAGACAGGGAUAAUGACAGGAACGCGUCAGACACAGGCACAGAGGGAGACAAGAUGAACAGAUAUGCAGGUGCACACGGAGACAGACACCGGGACCCACGCACAGCCGACCGUGUCAGACAGACUGGUGAACACAGCGCCCAGUCAGAGGCAGACACAAGGCCUGCAGUGACACACAGCGGGCCGGGGCCGGCACCGUCACUCCUUGGUGGGGGGCGGGGAGGGGCCGGCAGCCGGGGAAAAGCUGGGGAAGGGAAUCCCGGGCGGGCGGCCUGCCCGGGUGGCUGAGUCACAGCGGAGCCUCAGCCGGCGGCCCUCCCCUCCGCCUCCCCCUCCCCCAGGUAAGAAGCGAGCUUGUAACCCCUCGCUUCCACCGGGAGUGAUGAGGACAGGCAGGGAGCGGGUUGCGACGAGGGUCCCGGACCGCCCCACACCGGCGCGCACGCUGCGUGCCCGCUGACUGCCUGCUCGGUAAAACCCUAUCUGCGGGCUCUUAUCUCUGGCCGUCACGUGAGUUUGCGUGCGCACUUCAGGCCUCUUACCACGCGUCCCGCGCGGCUCCGGCGCUGCGCAGAGGGGUUCGUCGGCUCAAGCCCAGAGAGAGUUAAAUGGGUGUGAUUGAUGGAGUGGUUCUCUCUUGGGGCUCCCGCGGGCGGUGGGGGGUCGGUUAAAGUCCCGAGUCCAGGGCCCGGAUGGAGGGGGCGGAGCUGUGCUUUGCCGGGAGUGCCCGGAUGGGGAGGGCGUGGCCUCGGCGGGAGCGGAAUUAACCCUUUCAGAGCGGCUGGCUCCCGAGGUUGUGGGUAGGGUCGGGAGAAGCUGGAAUGUCUGCCCCAGAAGUAUAAUAGACUUCGCAGCCUGGCUCUGACCGCGUGCGAUUAGCUCUCGCCUGUCUUGGAGGAGUCUGUGGGUUUCAGUCUUUGUGGCUGUUGGUGGUCCCCUCCCCUUGGUUAGUAUACUAGGACACCGGGAGUCAGGAGGGCUAUUCUUGCCCCACAGCGAGAGUGGAGGUGAGAGUGGAGCGCGAGCCAGUGGCGGCUGGGGAACAGGUGCGAACGCCGCGUUGGGGCUGCCCGGCGCAGGGCGGGGGCAUCGUGGGGGAAGACGAGAGGGGAAAUUCCGCGGGACCGGUGGUGAGCCGGUGUGUAGGCUGAGGAGUUGUGUCUGCCUCUGACUGUGUGUCUGUGUGUGUUCAGGGAGGCGGGGGCUGAGUCAGUGGGAAGAGGGGAAGGUUUUCUGGGUGACUCACGCUCCCUCACCCCAAGCCUGAAUCAGACCCCGAGGGAGGGCUUUGAACGGGGGGCGAGAGUCAAGCGCCUGUGUCCCGGGUUCGGACAAGGAUCCGAGGGGGCUGGCUGUUACUGAGGCGGAGACACGGGUGAUGAUUGGCUUUCUGGGGAGAGAGGAAGUCCUGUGAUUGGCCAGAUCUCUGGAGCUCGCCGACGCGGUGAGAGGACGCUCCCACGGAGGCCGGAAUUGGCUGUGAAAGGACCCAGGCAGCCAUCUGGGGGUAGCGGGCACUCUUUAUCAGAGCGGCUGGAGCCGGACCAUCGUCCCAGAGAGCUGGGGCAGGGGGCCGUGCCCGAUCUCCAGGGCUCCUGGGGCCACUGCUGACCUGGCUGGAUGCAUCGGGCAGUGGACCCUCCAGGGGCCCGCGCUGCACGGGAAGCCUUUGCCCUUGGGGGCCUGAGCUGUGCUGGGGCCUGGAGCUCCUGCCCGCCCCAUCCCCCUCCUCGUAGCGCAUGGCUGCCUGGAGGCAGAUGCUCAGCCAGCAUUGGGCAGCCCCCGCUUCCUGCACCCCUACCCCCUUCACAUGGCAGUAGUUCUGGGCACCCCAACAAACCAUAUUAUGCCCCAGGGGUGCCCACUCCAAGACCCCUCCAUGGGAAGCUGGAAUCCCUGCAUGGCUGUGUGCAGGCACUGCUCCGGGAGCCAGCCCAGCCAGGGCUGUGGGAACAGCUUGGGCAACUAUACGAGUCAGAGCAUGACAGUGAAGAGGCCGCACGUUGCUACCACAGUGCCCUUCGAUACGGAGGAAGCUUCGCCGAGCUGGGGCCCCGCAUUGGCCGACUGCAGCAGGCCCAGCUCUGGAACUUUCAUACUGGCUCCUGCCAGCACCGAGCCAAGGUCCUACCCCCCCUGGAGCAAGUGUGGAAUUUGCUGCACCUUGAGCACAAGCGGAACUAUGGAGCCAAGCGGGGAGGUCCCCCGGUGAAGCGAGCUGCCGAACCCCCGGUGGUGCAGCCUGUGCCUCCUGCAGCACUCUCAGGCCCCUCAGGGGAGGAGGGCCUCAGCCCUGGAGGCAAGCGAAGGAGAGGCUGCAACUCUGAACAGACUGGCCUUCCCCCAGGGCUGCCACUGCCUCCACCACCAUUACCACCACCACCGCCACCACCACCCCUGCCUGGCCUGGCCACCAGCCCCCCAUUUCAGCUAACCAAGCCAGGGCUAUGGAGUACCCUGCAUGGAGAUGCCUGGGGCCCAGAGCGCAAGGGUUCAGCUCCCCCAGAGCGCCAGGAGCAGCGGCACUCGCUGCCUCACCCAUAUCCAUACCCAGCUCCAGCAUACACUGCACACCCCCCUGGCCACCGGCUGGUCCCGGCUGCACCCCCAGGCCCGGGCCCCCGCCCCCCAGGAGCAGAGAGCCAUGGCUGCCUGCCUGCCACCCGUCCCCCCGGAAGUGACCUUAGAGAGAGCAGAGUUCAGAGGUCGCGGAUGGACUCCAGCGUUUCACCAGCAGCAACCACCGCCUGCGUGCCUUACGCCCCUUCCCGGCCCCCUGGCCUCCCCGGCACCACCACCACCAGCAGCAGUAGCAGCAGCAGCAACACCGGUCUCCGGGGCAUGGAGCCGAACCCAGGCAUUCCCGGCGCUGACCAUUACCAAACGCCCACGCUGGAAGUCACUCACCAGAGCCGCCUGGGGCCCUCGGCACACAGCAGUCGGAAACCGUUCUUGGGGGCUCCAGCUGCCACUCCCCACCUAUCCCUGCCACCUGGACCUUCCUCACCCCCUCCACCACCCUGUCCCCGCCUCUUACGCCCCCCACCACCCCCUGCCUGGUUAAAGGGUGCGGCCUGCCGGGCAGCUCGAGAGGACAGAGAGAUCUUAGAGGAGCUCUUCUUUGGGACUGAGGGACCCCCCCGACCUGCCCCACCACCUCUCCCCCACCGCGAGGGCUUCUUGGGGCCUCUGGCCUCCCGCUUUUCUGUGGGCACUCAGGAUUCUCACACCCCUUCCACUCCCCCAACCCCAACCACCAGCAGUAGCAGCAGCAACAACGGCAGCCACAGCAGCAGCCCUGCUGGGCCUGUGUCCUUUCCCCCACCACCCUAUCUGGCCAGAAGUAUGGACCCCCUUCCCCGGCCUCCCAGCCCAGCACAGAGCCCCCAGGACCCACCUCUUGCACCCCUGACUCUUGCCCUGCCUCCAGCCCCUCCUUCCUCCUGCCACCAAAAUACCUCAGGAAGCUUCAGGCGCCCGGAGAGCCCCCGGCCCAGGGUCUCCUUCCCAAAGACCCCCGAGGUGGGGCCGGGGCCACCCCCAGGUCCCCUGAGUAAAGCCCCCCAGCCUGUGCCGCCUGGGGUUGGGGAACUGCCUGCCCGAGGCCCGCGACUCUUUGAUUUUCCCCCCACCCCGCUGGAGGACCAGUUUGAGGAGCCAGCCGAAUUCAAGAUCUUACCUGAUGGGCUGGCCAACAUCAUGAAGAUGCUGGAUGAAUCUAUUCGCAAGGAGGAGGAACAGCAACAACAGGAAGCAGGCGUGGCCCCCCCGCCCCCUCUGAAGGAGCCCUUUGCCUCUCUGCAGCCUCCAUUUCCCACCGACACAGCCCCCACCACCACUGCUCCUGCCGCCCCUGCUGCUGCCACCACCACCACCACCACCACCACGGCCACCCAGGAAGAGGAGAAGAAGCCACCACCAGCCCUACCGCCACCACCGCCUCUAGCCAAGUUCCCCCCACCCCCCCAGCCACAGCCACCCCCACCCCCACCCCCACCCGCCAGCCCGGCCAGCCUGCUCAAAUCCUUGGCCUCUGUGCUGGAGGGACAAAAGUACUGUUAUCGGGGGACUGGAGCAGCUGUUUCCACCCGGCCUGGGCCCCUGCCCACCACUCAGUAUUCCCCUGGCCCCCCAUCAGGUGCUACCGCCCCACCACCCACCUCAGCGGCCCCUAGCGCCCAGGGCUCCCCACAGCCCUCUGCUUCCUCGUCAUCUCAGUUCUCUACCUCAGGCGGGCCCUGGGCCCGGGAGCGCAGGGUGGGCGAAGAGCCAGCCCCGGGCCCCACGACCCCCACCCAGCCACCCCCACCCCUGCCUCUGCCCCCUGCUCGCUCUGAGUCUGAGGUGCUAGAAGAGAUCAGUCGGGCUUGUGAGACCCUUGUGGAGCGGGUGGGCCGGAGUGCCACUGACCCAGCAGACCCAGUGGACACAGCAGACCCAACGGACAGUGGGACUGAGCGACUACUGCCUCCCACCCAGGCCAAGGAGGAGGGUGGCGGGGUGACAGCAGCAGUGGUGUCAGGCAGCUGUAAGCGGCGACAGAAGGAGCACCAGAAGGAGCAUAGGCGGCACAGGCGGGCCUGUAAGGACAGUGUGGGUCGGCGGCCCCGUGAGGGCAGGGCAAAGGCCAAGGCCAAAGCCCCCAAAGAAAAGAGCCGCCGGGUGCUGGGGAACCUGGACCUGCAGAGUGAGGAGAUCCAGGGUCGUGAGAAGUCCCGGCCCGAUCUUGGCGGGGCCUCCAAGGCCAAGCCACCCACAGCUCCAGCCCCUCCACCAGCUCCUGCACCUCCUGCCCAGCCCACACCCCCAUCAGCCCCUGUCCCUGGAAAGAAGGCUCGGGAGGAAGCGCCAGGGCCACCAGGUGUCAGCCGGGCUGACAUGCUGAAGCUGCGCUCACUUAGUGAGGGGCCCCCCAAGGAGUUGAAGAUCCGGCUCAUCAAGGUAGAGAGUGGUGACAAAGAGACCUUUAUCGCCUCUGAGGUGGAAGAGCGGCGGCUGCGUAUGGCAGACCUUACCAUCAGCCACUGUGCUGCUGAUGUUGUGCGUGCCAGCAAGAAUGCCAAGGUGAAAGGGAAGUUUCGAGAGUCCUACCUUUCCCCUGCCCAGUCUGUGAAACCGAAGAUCAACACUGAGGAGAAGCUGCCCCGGGAAAAACUCAACCCCCCUACACCUAGUAUCUAUCUGGAGAGCAAACGGGAUGCUUUCUCACCCGUCCUGCUGCAGUUCUGUACAGACCCUCGAAAUCCCAUCACGGUGAUCCGGGGCCUGGCGGGCUCCCUGCGGCUCAACUUGGGCCUGUUCUCCACCAAGACACUGGUGGAGGCGAGUGGCGAGCACACCGUGGAGGUCCGCACGCAGGUGCAGCAGCCCUCAGAUGAGAACUGGGACCUAACAGGCACUCGACAGAUCUGGCCCUGCGAGAGCUCCCGUUCCCACACCACCAUUGCCAAGUACGCACAGUAUCAGGCUUCAUCCUUCCAGGAGUCUCUGCAGGAGGAGAAGGAGAGUGAGGAUGAGGAGUCAGAGGAGCCGGACAGCACCACAGGAACCCCUCCUAGCGGCAGCGCACCAGACCCGAAGAACCAUCACAUCAUCAAGUUUGGCACCAACAUCGACCUGUCUGAUGCCAAGCGGUGGAAGCCCCAGCUGCAGGAGUUGCUGAAGCUGCCCGCCUUCAUGCGGGUAACAUCCACGGGCAACAUGCUGAGCCACGUGGGCCACACCAUCCUGGGCAUGAACACGGUGCAGCUGUAUAUGAAGGUGCCCGGCAGCCGAACGCCAGGCCACCAAGAGAAUAACAACUUCUGCUCCGUCAACAUCAACAUUGGCCCAGGUGACUGCGAGUGGUUCGCGGUGCACGAGCACUACUGGGAGACCAUCAGCGCCUUCUGUGACCGGCACGGCGUGGACUACUUGACGGGUUCCUGGUGGCCAAUCCUGGAUGAUCUCUAUGCAUCCAAUAUCCCUGUGUACCGCUUUGUGCAGCGCCCUGGAGACCUCGUGUGGAUUAAUGCGGGGACUGUGCACUGGGUGCAGGCCACCGGCUGGUGCAACAACAUUGCCUGGAACGUGGGGCCCCUCACCGCCUAUCAGUACCAGCUGGCCCUGGAACGAUAUGAGUGGAACGAGGUGAAGAACGUCAAAUCCAUCGUGCCCAUGAUCCACGUGUCAUGGAACGUGGCUCGCACGGUCAAAAUCAGCGACCCUGACUUGUUCAAGAUGAUCAAAUUCUGCCUGCUCCAGUCCAUGAAGCACUGUCAGGUCCAACGUGAGAGCCUGGUGCGGGCAGGGAAGAAAAUCGCUUACCAGGGCCGGGUCAAGGACGAACCAGCCUACUACUGCAACGAGUGCGAUGUGGAGGUGUUUAACAUCCUGUUCGUGACAAGUGAGAACGGCAGCCGCAACACGUACCUGGUACACUGCGAGGGCUGUGCCCGGCGCCGCAGCGCGGGCCUCCAGGGCGUGGUGGUGCUGGAGCAGUACCGCACGGAGGAGCUGGCGCAGGCCUAUGACGCUUUCACGCUGGUGAGGGCCCCGCGGGUGCGCGGUCAGCGGAGGAGGGCACUGGGGCAGGCUGCAGGGAUGGGCUUCAGGGGCUUGGCCGUGCCUGCCCCUGAGCCACUGCCGGCUUUGUCCCCACAGGCCCCCGCCAGCACGUCGCGAUGAGGCCAGACGCCCCGCCCGCCCGCCUGCCGGCCCUCGCAGGGCGCCGCGGGGCCACCAGCACACGCCUAGGCUGGACCUGGGUCCCGCCUCUGGCCGGGAAGGGGGUCGGGCCCAGCCCUUCCACCCCAUUGGCAGCUCCCCUCACUUAAUUUAUUAAGAAAAACAUUUUUUUUUUUUUUUUAGCAAAUAUGAGGAAAAAAGGAAAAAAAAUGGGAGACGGGGGAGGGGGCUCGCAGCCCCUCGCCCACCAGCCCCUCCCCUCACCGACUUUGGCCUUUUUAGCAACAGACACAAGGACCAGGCUCCGGCGGCGGCGGGGGUCACAUACGGGUUCCCUCACCCUGCCAGCCGCCCGCCCGCCCGGCGCAGAUGCACGCGGCUCGUGUAUGUACAUAGACGUUACGGCAGCCGAGGUUUUUAAUGAGAUUCUUUCUAUGGGCUUUACCCCUCCCCCAGAACCUCCUUUUUUACUUCCAAUGCUAGCUGUGACCCCUGUACAUGUCUCUUUAUUCACUUGGUUUAUGAUUUGUAAUUUUUGUUCUUUUUUGUUUUUGGUUUUUAAUUUAUAACAGUCCCACUCACCUCUAUUUAUUCAUUUUUGGGAAAACCCGACCUCCCACACCCCCAAGCCAUCCUGCCCGCCCCUCCGGGGACCGCCCACCGCCGGGCUCUCCCUGCGCCCGUGUGUGUCCGGGCCCGGCCCGACCGUCUCCACCCGUCCGUCCGCGGCUCCAGCCGGGUUCUCAUGGUGCUCAAACCCGCUCCCCUCCCCUAUGUCCUGCACUUUCUCGGACCAGUCCCCCCACUCCUGACCCGACCCCAACCCCGCCUGAGGGUGAGCGACUCCUGUACUGUAGGGGAAGAAGUGGGAACUGAAAUGGUAUUUUGUAAAAAAAUAAAUAAAUAAAAUAAAAAAAUUUAAAGGUUUUAAAGAAAACUAUGAGGAAAAGGAACCCCGUCCUUCCCAGUCCCGGCCAACUUUAAAAACACAGACCUUCACCCCCACCCCCUUUUGUUUUUAAGUGUGAAACAACCCAGGGCCAGGGCCUCACUGGGGCAGGGACACCCCGGGGUGAGUUUCUCUGGGGCUUUAUUUUCGUUUUGUUGGUGGUUUUUUGUCCACGCUGGGGCUGCGGAGGGAUGGGGGGUUUACAGUCCCGCACCCUCGCACUGCACUGUCUCUCUGCCCUAGGGGCAGAGGGGUCUUCCCAACCCUACCCCUAUUUUCAGUGAUUUUUGUGUGAGAAUAUUAAUAUUAAAAAUAAAAGCAGAAAAAAAAUCCUGUUUCGCUAACGUGCUGGUUGAUAGCAGGGAGAGUACCGGGAGGGCUGCAAGACCGUGAUUGAUGGGGAGGACUGCGCAGACCCUGGCAAGGGCGAGCCCCUCCCCGGAGGUGCCUGUGGAAUGUCCAGGGCUCUGGUCCGCUCCUCAGGAUGGGGGGUGCCUAAUCCUACAGCCGCAUUCCAGGAUAAGGGGGGUGGGGAGAGGCUGGGCCGGGGGAGGGGCAGGAAAGAGGACUAUAAGGCAGCGGCCCAGGCGGGCGGGAUACAGGCAGGCCAUGGCGGAUGUCCCCGGGGCACAGCGAACGGUUCCCGGCGGCCCAGAGCCCCGGGACCCCCUGGACUGCUGGGCCUGCGCUGUGCUUGUAACAGCCCAGAAUCUGCUGGUGGCCGCCUUCAAUCUUCUCCUGUUGGCGCUGGUGCUAGGGACCAUCUUGCUACCCGCUGUCACCAUGCUGGGCUUCGGCUUCCUCUGCCACUCUCAGUUCCUGCGCUCCCAGGCACCCCCUUGCACCGCGCACCUGCGGGACCCCGGUUUCACGGCCCUUCUGGUCACCGGAUUCCUGCUCCUCGUGCCGCUGCUCGUGCUUGCUCUGGCCAGCUACCGCCGCCUCUGCCUGCGCCUCCGCCUAGCUGAUUGCCUCGUGCCCUACAGCCGAGCCCUUUAUCGGCGUCGGCGCGCCUCGCAGCCGAGGCAAACCCGGGCUUCACCAGGGUCCCAGGCCCUUCCCACAUCAGGAAAGGUCUGGGUCUAAUUAUCCCCGAGUCAAGAAGAACCCUGACGGCUGCCUUCCCUCUUAUUCGGCCUAAGGACUGGAAGCCCCGCAUCUUCCGACCUGCCCUGCCCCCACCCCUGCCUGAUCGGAGUCCUAACAUCCCUUUGGGAACAGCUGCAUCAGUGGACCCAGUGCUGAUGAAAGCCCCUACAUCUCGGAAAACCCCCUUUCCCUCCAUUACCCACUUCUAAAUCCUCAACUUCUGGGCUGGACCCUGCACACCUCCCCCUCAGCCCUGUCGUGAAUGGGACCACAAUCUCAUGCCCUCCUUUUAUGGGGCAGCUCAUCCGGUAUUUCUGGGGCUGGGGGGCGGGGCCGGAGGGGAAGGAGUGUCCACGCAUCAAUAAAGAUUUAACGAACGUGCUCUG